AAGAUGCUUUUCACGCUUCUCAUCACCUUCAUGGUCUGCACACUGCCCUUCCAGGUGUCCACCAUAUACGAGAACUACAAGGACAGGCAGACCAAGCUUCCCUCGUGGUACCAGCCCGUAUACUUCUCUGCCAUCAACCUUAUGUACGCUCACAGCACCAUCAACCCAAUCGUCUACGGCGCCAUGAACCAGACUUUCAGGAAGGGCUUCAAACAUCUCAUGGACAGGUCGGUGAUUUUUCUACUUGUUUUUUAAAAAAAAGA